AUGUCUUCACCUCACGUUGGUCAGCUCAAGUUCGAGCACCACCACAGCGGACUUGGCUUAGAUACGCCCAAACCCAGACUUUCAUGGAUCUUUGGGACGUCUCCAUCUACGGCUUCUGCAUGGGCUCAAACCUGCUAUGAGGUGGAAGUCACUUUCGCCCGCACCGAAAAGGCAGAAAAUUUCCAAGUCUCUAGCGACCAGUCAGUUUUGAUACCUUGGCCAGCACGACCACUUUCAUCACGCGAAUCUGCCACGGUGCGUGUUCGAGUGCGUGGUAAGAGUCUCCAAGAUGAACCAUGCACCACCGAAUACAGCCCAUGGUCUGCUCCUGCGACUGUAGAGGCUGCUCUCUUAGAACCAAGCGACUACAAAGCCAACUUCAUUACCUCCGCAAAGAGACUUGGGCCGUAUGGUCCCUUGCAACCAAUACGAUUUUAUAAAUACUUGUGUGUCUUUGAAGCUACGAUCAACGGACAUUGUGUGGGCGACGAACACCUUGCACCAGGCUGGACGAAUUACAGAUUCAGACUGGUCUAUCGCAUCCACAACGUAUCGUCUUUACUGCUCCCAGGUGAGAAAAACAUCAUCAGUGUCGAGGUCGCCGAAGGAUGGUACGCUGGAAGACUUGGCUUCAAGGGCGGCGAAAGAUUUCGAUACGGGGAUGAGUUGGGGCUGUUUGCUCAACUAGAGGUUCAAGAUGACGACGCAGCUGUCUCGUGGCAUCUUUGUUCGGAUGAUAGCUGGCUAUGCACAUCUAGCCCCAUCAUCAACAGCGAGAUAUACGACGGCGAAACUUACGACAUGAAUCAUACUGAUUCAGAUACACUCAUCACUAGAACCCUUUCUAGGCCAACAGCUCAAAUUGUGGCGCCUGAUAUACCUCCUGUUCGAGUCAUCGAGACCAAGCCUUUCAAGAAGAUCUUUAGCAGCAAAAGCGGCAACGUAAUCCUUGAUUUUGGUCAGAAUCUCGUGGGCAAACUCUACAUACCAAGAUUAGAGACUGAGAAAGGAAAACACAUCAGCUUCCGCCAUGCUGAGUUCACAUUUCAUGGUUUCAGAUACGUUGAGGUUGAGGGAUGGCCUGGAGAUGGACCCUCAAUCGACGAUAUCCAAGCUCUCGUCCUGCACACAGACAUGCGACGUCGCGGCUUUUUCGAAUGUUCCAAUCCGUAUGUCAAUCGAUUGCAUCAAAACGUUGUUUGGUCUAUGCGCGGUAACUUCCUAUCCUUACCAACAGAUUGCCCUCAGCGAGACGAGCGGUUAGGUUGGACUGGCGAUCUUCAGGUCUUUUGUCCAACUGCUACGUACCUCUAUGAUACGCUGGGCAUCUUAGGCAAUUGGCUCCAAGACCUUUCAGCUGAACAGCUGGAGGAGGGCAAAGGCGGAAUCCCACGUCUUGUGUGCCCUUUGGCCAUUAGCUCCAACUGGCCACAUAUAGCUCAGGCAGUAUGGGAUGAUGUGACAGUUUUGACUCCUGAUGUUCUUUACCAAUAUAGUUCCGAUAAGAACCUUCUGGAAAGGCAGUUCGAGAGUAUGCAGACCUGGUUGGAUCAAGGUGUUGACAGAGCUCCAAACGGACUUUGGAACCCAGACAAGUGGCAGCUUGCAGACUGGUUGGACCCAAGCGCACCGCCAGAUGAUCCGGGAAAUAGGCGUACAGAUAACAUUCUUGUGGCCAAUGCUUAUCUGGUUCAUACAACACUUGUAUUAGCCAAGUUGUGUAUGGUCUUGGGGAAAACCGGCCUUGGUCUCAAGUACGGGGAAGAUGGAGAGCGAGUGAAGUUAUUAAAUCUGAUGUCAUCCUACCAGACAGGCAUUAACCUCGCCGUUCGAUUUGGACUGUAUCCUGAAAAGAAGGAGCAACGCGAGACCGCUAGAAAAGCACUCGACCCCAUGGUACGCGUUGCACGCUUUCACAUCAGCAUCGGGUUCGCAGGUACUCCCGCGAUAUCUCAUGCUCUCACCGAAGUUGGCCGUUCCCAGCUUGCGUAUCGUAUGUUACUCGAGACGGCUUGCCCAAGCUGGCUUAUGCUACCAGACGGCCGCAUCAACCCUGGUAAAAUGACUAGUUUCAACCAUUACGCACUCGAUGCAGUCAGCCAUUGGCUACACAGAACUGUUGACGAUAUUUCAACUCAUGAGCCGGGCUGGCGUGUGAUUCGUGUGCUUCCUGUGCCGGGAGGUAAUAUCACCGGUCUUGAGAAUGGUAAAUCCGCCAUGUCCCUAACCGUCCCCCCGAGCUGCUCGGGGGUGGUCACAUUGCCUUCGGAGCCUCGAAAGGAGUAUACCUGCGAGGAGGAGCCUAAUAGGACGUUGAACUCUGGAAAGUAUUAUUUGGAAUGUACUUUUGAGGCAGAAGAGUGGCCACCGAAGCCCUUGAGCGCCGCGAACCAACGAUGCCUCCAGAUAGUAUUGCGAGCUGACAGACUUGUUACUUAA